ACAAAAAUGACAAGCAUGUGCACGAUUUAUAGGUUAGUACAGUCUCUGUAUUUGUAGUGUAAUUUGUAGUGUUCAAAUUAAAUUUAAUAAAAAUAUAAUGGCUACUUUUAUUGUUGCUCCAGACGCAAUUUUAAAUAAUAAUCAACUGAGGAUAUAAAUAUGGAACUUGCGGCUACUUUUUACUGCCUUUUAGUAGUGUGUAUGACUGUUUGGUGUGGUGUGCCAUGCCGCAAUUGAUUAAAAACACAGUGCUGUGCAAUGUAUGCAACAUACACAAGACACUGGUUAAACGUACUGGUCGUGUAGACGAGUUUAUGUGGAAAUGUAAACAAUGCAAGACGUCUACAUCAGUUCGAGAAGGAUCAUUUUUGCGAGAAGUCAUUUAGCUAUUUCCCAGAUAAUGAUAAUAUUAUACGGAUUUGCAAAUGACUUCCCGCAAAAAGUAAUCUCCAAGGAAACAUCACUGUCUGCCCCUACUGUUAUUGACUGGUACAAUUUCUGCAGAGAAGUGUGCAGUACAUAUCUAGAGCAACAUCCUGUGGAAUUAGGAGGGUUCGAUGAACAUGGAGAACCAGUCACGGUGGAAAUGGACGAAACCAUGUUUUUCCACAGGAAGUACCAUCGAGGGCGGGCCUUCGGGAACAGACAGUGGGUUUUUGGAAUGAUAGAAAGGAACAGUGGAAAACUGUUCCUUACACCAGUGCAGGCACGGAACGAAGAGACACUGCUGCCCAUUGUAUCAAGAACAAUUCUACCGGGGACAUUAAUUGUCACUGAUGGAUGGGGAUCCUAUAGAAAUAUUGGUCGCUUGGAUGGGGGUGUGUAUGAACACAGAACCGUUAUUCAUCAGAAUUAUUCCGUUGAUCCAGAUGAUGACAGUGUUCAUACACAAACUAUAGAAAGCGUUUGGAUGCGGUCUAAGAAGAAGCUCCGUAGACAAUGCGGGACUUCCAUGGAUUUGUUUCCAUCGUACCUCCAAGAGUUUAUGUGGAGGGAACGAAUAAAGGAUAAAGACCCAUUUGUGGAAUUUUUAUUAUGCAUUUUAGAACAAUAUUUAGUUUAGUUAAAUUUAAGUUCAGUUUAAUUUAGUGUAUUAUUAGUUUUAUUUCAUAGGUUAGUUUAUUCAUUUAAGUUAAUUUCUUUUAUUACUAUUUAGUAUUUUAGAUAUUUUAUUAGUUAGAGUUUACAGUCUACAGUUUGUUAGUUUCUUUUUAUUACUAUUUAGUAUUUUAGAUAUUUUAUUAGUUAGAGUUUACAGUCUACAGUUUAAGUUAGUUUCUUUUUAUUACUAUUUAGUAUUUUAGAUAUUUUAUUAGUUACAGUUUAGAAAUCUUCACAUUGUUUAGUGUUUCUAUUAACUAUUGCCACUAUUGAUUUUUAUAUAAUUUUAAUGCUU